UCAAAAUUAUUAUGUAUCUGUACCCGUCUUCGCUUUGGUUGGGUGCGCUUGCUUUUUAUCGUGUGUUGUAAUUAUGAAUAUUUUUCGUUUUAAAAUAGAAUAAUAUCCAUUUUAAAUAGUCCCUCAUGUAGUUUUACUAAAGUGUUACAAGUGAAAUCCUUCUGUGGAAGCUAAUCAAUGCUGCUGUACACUGAAUAUGGCUGACGAAAGACUAGUGGUUCUGAAUCGUAGUGACAAUUUGGGAUUCGGAUUCUCUUUGCUUGGCGAAGCCGGUUUGCCACAUAUUAUAUACGAGAUCGAAGAAAAUUCUCCAGCCGCUCGAAGUGGUGAAGUCGAGGCGGGAGACGUUUUGCUCAAGGUUAAUGGGACUGAUGUAAACCGGUUCACUACCCGAGAAGUUCUAAAAUGCUUGCGACUAUCGUCGGACCCCGUCACUUUAAGACUGAGAAAGGACCCACAGAUCAAAGCGAGCGUGAGGCGAUACCUGGCCGCGGCGGCCGAGCGUCGCUCUAGCGGCGCAGGCGCACGCACCAACCACGACAAAUCGGCAUCACUGCCUUCGAGCAACUCGAACAGUAAUUCGUCAAGUAACUCGUCGAGCAACGGGUCGGGAGUGCACUCGGGGGACAGCUGCGAGGCGCUGGUGGCGGACGACAAGCGCCGCGGCCGCAGCACGCCCAAGUUCGAGGCCUACAUGAUGACCGGCGACCUCAUGCUCAACCUGUCGCGCGUCGAGCAUCCCCACCACAACCACCACGCGCCCACACACCGAACACACUACCAUAGGUACAACUCAACGCCAGCGUCUCCCAGCGAGAACCGCCUUUGUGGGCGCGUGGAGCUCGCGCAGAGACACAACUCCUCGCCCGACACCGGCCUCGUGGGAGACCAUGCCAGUAAAAUGUUCAUAUCUCAGCCGGCGUCGCCGGCGGGCGGGGCGGGCGGCGCGGGGGCGCCGGGCGACGCGUGUGCGCGCGCGCACCACGCCGUGCGCACGUCGCGCUCAGAGGACCACUUACAGUUCCAGAAGGAGUCUUCUCUAAGCGCCGUAGCAGUGGAAAUGGAGGAAGACGUGACGUCAUCGCUCAACACGUUGCUCGACGCCCGGCCUGACUCCGCCACCCCCGGCCCGCGGUCCGACUCCGACCCAGAACGGGACAGGAUCGUGUGGACGUACAACGCGCCGGUGUCGUGCGCGUCGGAGCGAACGCACUGCAACGGCUCGGCCGCCACCUCCAACUCCACCUCGCUAUCCGACGGCAUGUCCCAACGCUCGUCUUCCCCCGCGUCGCCGACGUCAGCGUCGUCGUCGGUGAUGUCGUCCCGCGCCACGCCGCCGCACCGACAGCUGCCCGCGCACCACCAUCAUCGACCGCUUAAUGGUGAUAUGAGUUUAUCAGAAGCAGUGUCGAAUAUAUCCAGUCCGGACUACCAAGACCAGGACGACAUGUUCGAAACCGGCCGCGAGUGUCCGCGGAUGGAACUAUCCGAUCCCUCCGAUUCAGAUUCCACAAUCCUAGUGUCAGAACCCUGCCACAAACGAGCCAAAUCCAACUCUUCAUACUCAAACGAACACGGUAGUGACGUCACGCUCAACGGCGACCACAACAACGACUAUAGAAUAGUGAUACAGGUGAAAGGCCCCGACAAACAAAACGCGAACGCGACAGAAAAUGUAAAUAAUAAUAACAAUAGCAACUAUACGCAGAAUGGUAAAGAAAAUGGUCAUAAUUCACCGGAGAACCAAGGAUAUCAGGAGCUAGGCAGCGGGUCAGACGGCGGUUCUGACGAGGGGUCAGACGGCGAUUCGCUACACUCGUUCCACUACAGCCCCAAGGCGGUCGACAUACCGUCGGCCGAGCGACUCGCUAAGCGAUUGUACCACCUCGACGGAUUCAAGAAGUCCGAUGUCUCCAGACAUUUGAGUAAAAAUAACGAGUUCUCCCGCGCGGUGGCGGAGGAGUACGUGCGUCACUUCGAGUUCGGCGGCGCCACGCUGGACGCGGCGCUGCGCGGCUUCCUGGCGCGCUUCGCGCUCAGCGGCGAGACGCAGGAGCGCGAGCGCGUGCUCGUGCACUUCUCCCGCCGGUACCUCGACUGCAACCCGGGGUCAUUCAACUCGCAAGAUGCGGUGCACACGCUGACGUGCGCGAUCAUGCUGCUGAACACGGACCUACACGGCUGCGGCGGCGGCGCCGGCUUCCGCCGCAUGUCGUGCGCGGAGUUCAUCGACAACCUGGCCGACCUCAACGACGGCGAGCACUUCCCGCGCGACACGCUCAAGCAGCUCUACCACGCCAUCCGCACGCAGCCGCUGCAGUGGGCACUUGAUGCGGAAGCUACAACGGGUGGAGCGGGUGAGUCCCGCGCGGGCGUGGGCAGCAACCCGUUCCUCGACGUGCCCGACCAGAGCCGCGCCGUCGAGUAUAAGAAGGGCUACGUCAUGCGGAAAUGCUGCGUCGAUGCUAAUGGGAAGAAGACUCCCUUCGGCCGUCGGGGAUGGAAAAUGUUCUACUGUACACUUCGAGAUUUGGUGCUGUAUCUUCACAAAGACGAACACGGAUUCAGGCGCAGUCAGAUGUCCGACAACUUACACAACGCUAUAAGGAUACACCACGCGUUGGCUACGAAAGCGACCGAUUAUACGAAAAAGCAGCAUGUAUUUAGAUUGCAGACUGCUGAUCAGGCCGAAUACUUAUUUCAAACGAGCGACUCGAAGGAGCUAUGUUCGUGGGUGGAGACGAUAAACUUCGUGUGCGCGGCGUACUCGGCGGCGCCGCUGGCGGGUGCCGUCGGCUCGCAGCGCAAGUUCCAGCGCCCGCUACUGCCCUGCACGCAUACCAAGCUUAAUAUGCGCGAUCAGCUGGCGGAGCACGAGGAGCGCGCGGCGCGGCUGGAGGAGGAGCUGGCGGCGCUGCGCCACGCGCGGGACAACGCGCCGCAUGCACGGGACAAGGAGCACUACCUCGUGCACGAGAUCAAGAGGUACCGCACGUACGCGUACGUGAUGCGGUCGCGCGGCGGCGGCGCGGGCGCGGAGGAGGCGGCGCCGGCGCUGCCGGAGCGGGCGGUGGCGGCGGUGGCGGCGGGUGCAGUGGCGCCGCCGCCCUGACGCGCCAUGGCGGUGUUCGCCGCCUGCGUGCUGUGACCGCUGUGCGCCUGUGUCUCUAGUCGCCCGACUCCUCCGGCAUAGGCGAGACUUCCUGAUGACUGUCACGUGAUACUUCUCUGUAGUGAGUGGCCGCCGCCGGCCACCGGACGACUCUUGCGAUCGUUUUUAUAAAUUUCGUCGUAUUUAGGAAGUUCCGUUGUAUCAUUUCGCGUCAGCGAUGAGGCUGAGCGGUUAUACGCUUUAAUUAUUCUCUUUUAAUAUCACAAAUAUUGGCAUAAUUAAGAUACUGUAAGUAAAAUCAUUUAUCAUUCCAUGUAAUCUGUAUCGCUGGUCAUUAGAGUACAGAUUUAAGAAAGUGAUAAAGUGGCUAGGAGUAGCUGUUGACUCAUUUUUAUUCCGCAUGAUAUUCACUCGGUAUUUUAUUUGACAACAGCUGAAUUUAUUACAAUAUUGUAAAUAGUUUUUAAAAUAUUGAGACUGAUACAUGAAGUUAUUUAUUUCGUUCGUAAAUUAACCAGUGUCAAAUCUUAGGCAUCGAUAGUGUAUCAUUACACCCCUAGGAUCUCAGAUGUAAUUAUAUUAUAGCUAUAGAAUGGAAUGUUUGCGACUGAUGUGUAUGAAAUCUCGUGUUGAUCAAUCAUUUGUACUUGGGGAAAUCACGUAUUAAUGUAAUACAAGCUUUAUUUAAUUUUUUUAAAGUCUUAUGACAUUAGGCAGAUAGCAGUAGUAAGAUAUUAAAUCUGAAUUAUGUAAUCUAUUGAUGAUAAGUGUUGCAGCUUGAAUGGAUAUAAAAAAUAACAUUAUUUAAUGCUUUAAGCUAUCAGAAAACCUUCUUUAAUCCAUGUAACAGAUAUAUUUAAAAUUGAUUUAAAACCUAACUAUGAAACAUAUCUGAGACAAGUACACAAAUUAACAUGAUUCUGUCCUAUAUAUUAUUUCUAUAGGUUCUCAGAAUAAUGCCUAUGAUUGUAUUACCUGUAUUAUGAUUGAUUCCAGCAAAGCAAAGCACCCGAAAUUUAAGUGAUUAUAUUUUGCUUUAGAUGUAAAACCAAUCGUUGUAAAUAAAUCAAUAUUUUUUAUGAAAUGUUUACAUGUUACUUUUAUUUUUUAUAUGUUUUACUUAAAUGUAUAGCUUGGCGAGUUUUGUUUUAUUUUAUUAAUAAUUAAAUGUUUGCUACGUGUUUGUGACAUUUAACAGCCUGUACGUGAUAUUUUUAUUCCUCUCAUAAUAUUGUCUCGCUAACCUAUCUUUAAGAUGCAAAAAUCCAUAAUUGGAUUUGUAUGUCUGUUAAGUAUAAAUCAUUUGCUAGUUUUGCUCAAUCUGAAUAAUUGAUUAACUUUCCUAUUUAUUCUUAUGGUUUCCAUUAAUUCUUCAGAUAUCAUUGUAUCCAAAUUAGUCAUCUUGCAAGUAUUAUAAAUUAAUCUCUAUUGGUAAGUAUGGAAUUAACUGUUGGCUGUGCCCGAAAAUUUAGAUUUACAAACAUGAUUCUGUAUCUAAUUAUUGGGAAUGUUAUAGUUGGUAUAGUGAAAUUAUCUGUCAUAAGCCCACCUUGUAACAUCACACAAUUGAGAAUGUUAUAAAUUGACCAGUCUAUGACAUUAUGCUUAUGCAAAAUGUAAAUAAGAUAGUCUUGGGAGCCUGAUACAAUAUUGAUCAACUCUAAAAGUACAUAAUAAAUGUCUAAGUAUUUGAAACUAUUGUGUAAUAAAAUAGCAUUAGUUUUUUUUUUCUUUUAUACCAAUCAUAACCCCUUUUAAGAGCUGAAAUAAAUAUCACAAAUGGAA